AACUACGGCUUGAUAUUGGAGGAGGAAACAGAACCGAAUUAUUUGACGGCGGGUGUUGGAGAGUACGUGGUAUUUAAUUGUGAUCUUGACUUUCCGCACGAGACACCGAUCCCGUAUAUUCUUCAGUGGAAUCGUGAUGACGUUACGACCUACGCGUCGGGAGAGAAUGAGAAUCGGACAACGGAAACAUAUUGUGCGUUGUCACAUGGCUGGAACAUAAAAUCAAGUGGAACUUAACCCGAUUGGUUUGCUGAUGCGUAUGCAAAACAGGUGCUCUCUUUCCCUCUCUCUCUCUCUCUCUCUCUCUCUCUCUCUCUCUCUUUCUCUCUAUCCUUAUCGAAGUAAUUGGAGUACGGGACACAAGGCUGCAUUAUAUUUAGUCAGUGCGAGUUCGCGACAUGAGGGGUCCAACCAGUGGGUCACUGUUAACGCAUUGUCAAACGAUUAGGGACGAUUAGCACUGUUUUUGCCAGCCUUGUUUCAGUCGUGCUACCCUAAGUCACGUUAACGCGAACCUUUAGCCUUUUCCGGAACUUAGAUUUGUCUAGACACAUCUUUUUCUUUCUCAUCUGAAGACCUUCAAAGUUAAAUCUCGAGAAUAAUACGUGAUUAGCUAAAGAUAAUUAUGUUCUCUUUAAUAAUUAAUGAGCAUUUCAUUCUUAGACACGCGUUACGCUUUUAUGAAGAAUCGCGUGAGCGUUUUCCUCUACAAAAUGACGGAGGGCCACGGCGUCUUCUCGUGGUAUAAUGAAGAGAUGACGUUGGAUCCUCGUUAUCGAGGACGCAUACACUUGCUGGAGGACUCGUUAUCUCGCGGAUAUGGUCAGGGCAGCAUCAAUCUCACCAACAUCAGAGAGAGCGAUCAGGGCUGGUACGAAUGUCGCGUUAUCUUUCCAAACAGAACACCUAAUUCAAGAAAAAAUGGCACCUGGUUUCAUCUGGCCAUCGAUGGUGUGUCGCCGCUUCCGACAAAUGUUCCAGGUGAGACCCUCUUCACGACGCCGCCCGUCAACAAAUCCGUUAUGGAAGGCGAGCCAGUUUCUUUCGAUUGCGUUGUCAAAGAUAAUUCUUCUACCGUAACCUGGUUUCACGAAAGUAUAGAGAUCUCGCAAGUAAAGGAUCUCGAGAGAAGAGCUUCCAUCAAAGAAAACGGAACGUUGGUAAUAAAGUCAACUUUAAUGAGUGACCUUGGAGAAUACACUUGUGGGGUGACCGGUUGGAAUGGGAAUCAACAAAAUGCCUCGGCCUUUCUCAACGUUCAAUAUAAGGCAAAGGUCAUUUACGCGCCUAGAGAAGUUUAUCUUCCCUAUGGAAAGCCGGCCCUUUUGGACUGUCAUUUUAGAGCUAAUCCACCGCUGACGAAUCUUCGUUGGGAAAAGGACGGAUUCCUCUUCGAUCCUUAUAAUGUUCAAGGUGUUUUUUACAGAAGAAAUGGAUCUCUUUAUUUUAGCAAAGUAGACGAAACGCAUUCCGGAAGUUACAGUUGUACGCCUUAUAACGAUCUGGGUACCGAAGGACCUAGUCCUGCAAUCAAUGUCGUUGUCCAAAGACCACCUGUUUUCACGGUCACGCCGCAACAUUUGUAUAUGAGAAAAUUAGGUGAGAGUUUAGAGAUUCCAUGUGAUGCCAGUGAUGGUGAUCAAAGUCAUCGACCUACAAUAGCAUGGUACAAAGAUGGCUCACCACUGCCACGUGAUAGGACAAUUAUAACAGGUGGCAACUUGACCAUCGAAAGAAUUCAAGAACAAGAUCGUGGAUUAUAUCAAUGUGCAGCUAGCAAUGAAGCAGCAACAGUAGUAGCUGAUACAGAAUUAAUGGUUUUGAAUAUUCCACCUAGAGCACCCUAUAAUCUCAGUGCCAAUAGUAGUAAAAAUGCGGUAACCUUGACGUGGGUACCUGGCUACGUUAGACCAAAGAUGGAAUAUUCCGUCUGGUAUAGACCUACCGAUAUGUCAGAAUGGCGUACCAUGAAGAUACUUUCGCGUAAGAUCACAGAAGCUACGGUGAAUAAUUUGCAUCCUGGUAGAGAAUACGAGUUCAUGGUUUUGAGUCAAGACAAACACGGCGAUGGAAUGUUUAGCAAGGCACUUCGGGUAUUUACAAAACCAACAGCCAUCGAUCAAAAUUCAGCGUCAGAAUUUCGUAGUCCAUUAGAGGAAGAAAAAAUGGGCCCACCUCGUAAUGUAAGAGUUCAAGCGACAGUAGAGGGUUAUCUUGUCACUUGGGAACCACCAUCAGAAGGUAGAGGUCAAGUUAGGCUCUAUGUCGUAAGAUGGUUUAGAGGUCCAGCACAACAUUUAUAUGGAAGAUCCGAAACAACGGACACUUAUUAUUUAGUGAAAACGUUAGAAGAGGAAAGUCAAUAUACUUUCGAGGUAGCAGCGAUGUCACUUUCAGACGAUGAAGCUAUUAGCGGGCGUAUCAGUUUAGAAGUACCAGCAUAUCGUAGAAAUAGAGCAAUUUCUAUGGGCAUCGUUGCUGGUAUUGGAUUUUUAGCGGCUACUUUGGCAGCAGUUUGGUGGGCCAGAAAGAGAUUUUGUCGAACAUCCACUAAUGAAAAGUGAAAACUUAUUAACGAGACGACGUUACCCUAAAUAGAUUUUGAAGCUCAGUUCGCCAGUGUGAAUGCCUUAUUUGGAAGCAUCAAGCAUUUAUUGUCUCGUCUAAUCGUAUUUUUAUUAUCGCAGUUGUCUCAAAUAAAAUUUGGAAGGAGGAAAACAUCUAAAGGUUCCUUUAGUGACAAAUACAUCGGAUUAGAUGUAUUCUUUACCAGGAAAAUAUUUACCAGGAAAUAUUAGAUAAAUCAUUGUAAUAUAAUUAUCUGGAUUUUGAUAUAGAUAUCUAACUAACAAAAAAGGAUAAUAAAAGUAUAGAGACAAA